AUGCAUAUUGAUGCCUCUGGAACUAAAUUGGGUACUGUGUUGGCCCAAAAGGAUGAUAUAGGAAAAGACAUCACCGAACCUGAAUGUUUGGCAGUUUUGUGGGUGGUAGAAUAUUUUUGCCAUUAUUUUGGCCUGGAUCUGUUUGUAGUUGUUACUGACCAUGCAGCGCUAAAGUGUUUGCAAACUGUGGCAUUGAUUGGUCAUAGGGCCCUUUGG